AUGUUUCAUUUUCAAUUUUUUCUUUUUUAUUUUAAUUUAUGUCCUGAUGCAAUCGUGAAUUAUCUAAGAUGGUCAUGGAAAUCAAUCUGCAGUACAAGAAUCUUUUAAAACAAAUAGUUUUAAAUUGUAAAAGCACAGACUUGAUUGACAUUAAAAAACAUUUUUCUGCUUGUAUUCUGUCAAGCCGUGCAGUGAGCAAAGUGACCACAGUUCAAGACUUUUUGAGCCUUCUGGAAAAGAGGGACAUAAUAAAUCCUCAAAAUGUAGCUGCAUUGUACGUUUUGGGAGAGUUGUUAAAAAACUCAAAAAUUCAACAUGAUGUACGGACAUACAAAAAACUGAAUGAUACGUCCACAAAAUGUGAUAUUUGUAAUACGAAAUACGACUUUCAGUGCACAUACCAUGUUCCUCCUGAAAAUCAAAAGUUUGAAGACUGCAAUGGCUACAACAACAAUUGUAAAGAUCUGGAAACAAAAAAUGAAGAGCAGCUAACUUUGGAAGAAGCAAUUGAAAAUGUUUCUUUCAGGAUAGGAUCUGCAUGGAGAGAGUUAGCUAGUGAACUAAAAGUUAAGGAAUUUCAAGUUGAUAUUAUAAGGAGGACCUAUCCUAAUGACUUCGUUCAACAAGCUCGCAAAAUGCUAAAACUUUGGUGUGACAAUAAUAGAGGUAAUAUAAAUCUCGAAAUGUUGAAAAAAGCUUUGGAAGCAAGGCUGUGCAAAAGAAAAGGCAUUGGUGUGCAUUUGAUGGAACCUAUUAUUGGUUAUGCUUCAUAACCAAACUUUCAUUACUUAAAUUAAUUUCCUCUAAGUGAAAAAUAUUUUCUAUGACUUGUAUGUGUCUAUGCAUGUCUUUAAAACAGAGGAUGUAUGUAAGCAGAAUUCAAAAUUAUUUGUGGUCUCAUUAACUUGUAACAAAAAAUUAUUACAUUACAACAACAGGUAUUUUUGUAUGUAACAAGUUAAGAUUUUGUGAGCUAGUAGAUUAUUGUACAUAAA